GUGUGUGUGUGUGUGUGUGUGUGUGUGUGAUGCUGAUCUCCUGGUUCUGAUGCAGUAGAUUGUGUUGGAGAUGUUGCCUCUUCUAACCUCCUUCCUGUCUGCAGAUGCCUGCCAGCUCACACUGGACCCCAACACAGCACACAGAGACCUGUCUCUAUCUGAGGGGGACAGGAAGGUGACACACACACCGGGGAGAAAGCAGCCAUAUCCUGAUCACCCAGAGAGAUUUGACUCCAUAUGGCAGGUGCUGUGCAGAGAGGGUCUGUCUGGGACUCGCUGUUACUGGGAGGCUGAGUACAGUAGGAGGGCUGAUAUUGCAGUGACAUAUAAAGGAAUCAGCAGGAAAGGAGGGGAUUCUGACAGUGUGUUUGAAUACAAUGACCAGUCCUGGUGUCUGUGCUGCAGAGGUAACAGGUAUUCUGCUGUACACAAUAAUAACAUCACUUCCAUACCCGACCCCUCCUCCCACGGCUCCUCCCCCUCCUCCCCCUCCUCCCACAGAGUAGGAGUGUAUCUGGACUGGCCGGCCGGCACUCUGUCCUUCUACAGCGUCUCCUCUGACACUCUGACCCUCCUGCACACUUUCCACACCACAUUCACUCAACCCCUCUAUCCUGGGUUUCGGGUAGGAUGGGGCGCCUCAGUGUCCCUGUGCAUGCUGGGAUAGAUCCCUGUAUCCUGGAGGAGUGGAUGUGAUGUUAUUCACUGUGGUCGUGACUACA